GGGUUUACUGCGUGUGUAUAUGUAUGUGUGUAGUGCGUGUGCGCGUUGCAUUUUUGCUCGUAUCUAUUGUAUGACUGUGUGUCCAUGUGAAAGUCAUUUUUUCUGCCAUGUCGACAUCCGGAACGCUGACCAGCUACUACGUGGAUUCCCUCAUUCUGCCCGAGAGCGAGGAGCUCUCUGUCCCGAGGUACCCCUCCGCCAACGGGCUGCAGCACGCCAGACAGCCCGCCUCCAUCAGCGACCCCAGCGAACUUGGGACUUGCACGUUCCCGUCCAAACCCCAGGUGUUUGGGCCGACGUGGAACCACGUCCCCGCACAGUUCCCAGGCACAGUCUCCUCUGUUUAUCAUCACCACUACGGGCAUCCUCAGGGCCCAGUGGCUGCAGAAACAGAUGGCCGCUAUCAGUCAUGGCUCCUUGAGCCCAUGUCCGCUUCUUUGCCUUUGACCGGAUUACCGACGAGCCAACAUUUCGGUAUCAAACCAGAGGGUUUGGGGACGCGAGGGGAAGGCGCGCUGCCCGGAUCUCAUACUUCACUGCUGCUCUCCGAUUACGCCAACGGUACUGUGGCGACAGCAUCACCAAGACAGAAGGACGAGCUGAGCGCGCAGGCAGACGUGAGCGCGGAGGGCGAAGAGAAACCGGGCCUCGACCCUAAUAACCCGGUUUCCAACUGGCUCCACGCGAGUGCCACGCGAAAAAAGCGCUGUCCGUACACCAAGCACCAGAUCCUGGAGCUGGAGAAAGAGUUCCUGUUUAACACCUACCUGACCAGGGACCGAAGGUACGAGGUGGCGAGGCUGCUGAACCUCACCGAGAGACAGGUUAAAAUCUGGUUCCAGAACCGCCGGAUGAAGAUGAAGAAGUUCAACAAAGACGGCGCGCCGAAGGACGAAUAAGUAAAGCGCAAAGGAGCAGCAUUGAGGUUGACAAGGCGGCCUUUGUGCGCACAGCUCCAAAGGACUUGUUUUUAACUCAUAUGUUCGGUUGUUCUAUAUUACAUGAUUAUGUGAAUAAGAUAAAAAAAAAGCAAAAGCAUGUUGAGCUAUAGUUUUAUGCGACUACCUUCAUUUUGCACAACUUGACAGUGCCAUCUCCAUGUAAUUAGUUUGGCCAUUCUCUCCUGGUUUCAGUAAUAUUUUCAGUGUAUAGUUUGCCUGUGCUCGUCCGUGUAUGGAUGUUUGU